GAACCUUCUUCCCUCCAGGCCUCUGCCUCUCCGAGUCCGACCUUAUCCACCUCGCACCAACCAACCAACGAAGACCUAUAAAACAAAAUCCUUCUUCUCAUCAAGCACCCAAAUCCAAACUCGACUUAACUAUCUUGACUGCCAGCAAUCAAUAUCCACUUGUCAAGAGUUGGUGAUACAUGGCGAUGGAGUACAACGAGCGCCGUGGCGGCUGCUUCUCGUGCUGCUUCGGCGGCGGGGAAGCGGGGGAAGGCGGCGCGGGCGAGAGGGCUUCCAGGGCGCUGCGGGCGUCGUCGCGGUGGAUGCGGGACCGCGCGGGGGAGCUGCCGGAGCUCGUGGCGCGCGUCAGGCGGCCGCGGAGGAAGCAGCAGCUGGCGGGGGAGUUCCGGUACGACCCCAUCAGCUACGCGCUCAACUUCGAGGAGGACGGCGAGGAGGAGGAGCCCUUCAAGUACCGGGCCUUCUCGUCCCGGCUGCCGGCGUCCCCGUCGCCGAUGCCGCUGCGAGAUGCGGCGGCGGCACUCGGCCGGGGCUCUUGAUUUCUCUUCGGAGUCAGUUCAUUUGUACAGUACAUAAUUGGACAAUACGGAGUAGAUUUCGAUUUUAUUUAUUUUUGACCCAUGACUCAUACUGUAGCUGUUGGGUACGUACUGUAUGUUUGAUCUUUCAUUCAUUUAUUUAUCUUGAGAUUUUCGUUUGGUUGGUGAUGGCGACCUUGUGCGAGCUGUAGAGAAGGGUUACUAUUCAUUUAUAAAAAAUAAAUCUUAAGACAC